AUGGCGACGGGUCUCGCGUUGGCGCACAGCAACAGCGGGGGGCACCGCGGAGUAGACGUGCGGAAACUCGGGGUACCCAAGGGGCGGGAGCCGCUGUCCCUCGAGGAGAUGUGGGACGUCGCCAAGGUGGAGUCUUUCGCUCCUGGGGACGAGGUGGUUUUCCUCAGGAAGAGAGGGCCCGCAAGGCCCGCGCCGCCGCUAAAUCCGCCGNCGGCGGCGGCGGCGGCGUGGACCGUCAAGGACGAUGCAGCUUUGCUGCGCAGCCUCGACGAGCUGAGGGCGUCGCGUGUGGCGGCGGCGGUGGCCGCUGCUACGGCGACGUCUGGCGCUGUGGGCGGGGCCGGCGGGGCUGCUCAGGAGGAGGACGAGGAAGAAGAUGACGACGAUAUCUCGAAGCUGCAGUUCGCUGCUUCUGCUACCAGCGGCUUCUCCGAUGACGACGACGACAGCGACGAGGACGAAGACUCAGACGAGGACGACGACGACAGCGAUGACGAUUCUGAGGAAGGCGGCAUCGCAGCCAACGGAGCGGGGGGCGGAGGAGGCUCGCGCUUCACGCUUGCCGACAUCGCGGCCAAGGCGAAGCAGGCGGGGACGCCGCAGAAAGCAGGAGGGGCCGAUGGAGGGGCGUCGUCCUUGGCUAGGAAGGGCGGUGUUGGCGGGGGGAAGGCUGCCAAAAUAUGGGGCAAGCUGUUGGGGCUGCCGCGUGUGGUUCUCCAGGUGGAAUCUGCGGGCAUCGAGCUCCGCACGCGGAUCGCCGGCGGCGCCAGGAAAGCUCUAGUCGCUCUCUCGGCGGGCGGGCUCACGGGCACCUUGGAGGGCGAUGAGGUGCUCUGGUGGGAGCUUCGCGUGGGCAACGUGACCCUUCGCGAUCUCUGCAGCUCCUGGGGGGACGGUGCCAAGAACGGGGGGACAGGGGCGGCGGCGCCACCUGCCGCGAAGACUCUCAUGUCUGGAUCGGCUUCGGGAGUGGAUGGACGGGAUUGGGUGUCGGCCGGUGAUCCCACGGGUGCUGCCUCAAGGUGUUUCCUCGUGGUGAGGAUGGUGCACGACCCAAACCGUGCCGCAUGCGGGCUGUUCAGCAGCUCUGCGGCGCCCAUGGCCCAGCUGCGGGCGCACGUUGUGGUCGGAUGCGUUACGGGAAAGAUCCCUCCCCAAGUCCUCGCGAUCUUCAACGCCGCCGCGCGCGAAAUCGUCAUCAACGAGAAGAAGACCAACGCGGGGAUGACUCCUCAACAUCCCGGGGCUUCCGACAGCGGCGGCGACAGCGAUUCCGCUGCCCGGCAGCUCCGCGUGGUCUUGGAGUCGGUGCACCGGGCACUGCUGGGACAGCGGUCCGUCAUGUUCAGGCCUAAGAAGAGGAAGGGUCCCAGCGCUGCGGUCCGCGCCCUGUCGAUGGCCAGGGGCGCCACAAGGUCGUGGGCGACCUCCGGAGAGGUGGACUCGAACGAGUUAUACCGCGUGGUGGCCGGCAUCCUCCCGGGGGACUUCGAGGUCCGCGUCCACGCCUCGGACGUGAUCGUCCAGGUGUCUUCCCGUGCGGAGGACCUUUUGGAAGCCGGCAAGGUGGCGCUGGAGGCCCUCGGAGAGACGAAGGCGGCGGCGGACAUGAAGGGCGGUGCUGCGGCUGCCGACAGCAUCGAUCUGGAGGUUGACCUGAUCCCCGUAAAGGUGGACGCAUGUCGGCGCUCGCGGCCCAGCCCUGAGUUUUGGGUCGAUACCGGCAUCCUGCGGACGAAGCUCCGUGCCCCCGAAAAGGCGGUGGAGGCGGUGGUGACGGCCUUGCUGACAUCGGCCCAGAGGACCACCGCGGCGGUAGCGCUCCUGUCGGGAGGGGCACCCAGCGCCGAUGAGGAAGAGGAUAUUGCGGCCUAAUAUUCGAUUUUGUCUGAUUUCUUCGUCGAUUCCAUUUUUUUUUUGUUUCGUUGUUAUCCUGGCUGUGUAAUGUAUUCGUUUGUCAUUUUGAUGUGGACCCGCUCAGAGGUUUGUUAUUAUUUUUGUUGUUCCGAGCGGUCGGUCGACCAGAGGUGGCGGUGUGAACGAGCUGCGGCUGAUCGGUCUGUAGCGGGUAGGGUUGAUUGACGCCGGCUACUUCCGGAAGAGAAGGGGCGGAAGGUCGCCACGAUAACCAAUAGUCGAUGGACAAAGCUUCAUUACGCCUCUGUGUUCAACAACACCACUUGGUCCGGUUUUGCUGUUUGCUGCGCGGUUUUGAAUUUGUGAUGUGCGAUGAUCGAGUCUGUAGGUGUAGUAUUUUCCCGUUUUUCAUCUAGGACACGAGUUCGCCUUCGAUUCCAACUUCGACAAUCGAUCGGCUUCUCCAGUGCAUACGCGACAUGGGAGACGCUGAUGUUUCUGGUUCGAUAUGAAGUGAUUGCACACCGUCAUCAUCGCCGCUGGUGAGGCCAAGUUUGAUUGGUUCCGCCUGCUACUGAGAUCCGCGUAUCGGCGUGGAUGAAGUUUGGGCGUAUGUGCUCGCCUGUCUUUGACUUGACGAUGGUUUUGCUCUGUAGUCGACUGUUUGCGUGUGGGUUUGGGGAUUACUGAUAUCGUUGCCAAAUAUUGCCGGCGAGACGCUUUCGGAUUGGUCCAAGCAGGAACACGGCCGCCGAUGCCACUACAACAGCAGCAGUACUGACGUUGGGUGGUUGGCCGAAAGCUGCAUUAGACUGAGCAUCAGAUGUGGUGAACUGUGCGGGUCCAGCAACAUCUUCCACCAAUGUGCUUUGUGUCCUGGGCUGGCAUGCUGGGGAGGGAUGUAUGAGCGGCGUGUGGACUGUACGUUUGCGCGGAGGUCUGAUUCACCAUCCAGUUGCGCCACAAUACCGCAUACGUUUGGGGGAAGGGUGAGCGCUGAGCAACCUCGUUUUUUUUGUUGUCGGCGCUAAGCCAAACUCCUCACCGCGUCGUAGUUCUCCCUGUGGCCUUUCAUUGUGCGAAGUAUACAGUAUAUUACAAAACUUCUUCCUAGUGGCCUUCCGACGUUGUCCAGCGUCUUUUUGGCGUCAUUGGUUUGAUCGGUAUUUGUGUGGUAAUAUUAAUAUUAAGGACGUGCGGGAGGAUGAGCAACCCAGUGGUGUUGUCCUUACCGAGCGAAAGACAAGAUUGCCACUAGCCUUCGCAUUGGCGUGGCGUUGCAGUUUCGCUCUCUUUUGAAUCUCACGGGGGUGGUUUAUGUGUUGUGCGUUUGGAGCAGAACUUGUUCUUGAAGGGGGACAUUUGGUCCCCUAAGUUUUCAGCUGUGUCUUCCUGGCCUCCAUGGGGAUGGAUGCCUCUGGCAAGGAGAAAGACGUCUUCUUGUUAUACCUAACUUUUAGGCCGCACUGCAUGACCACAAGUCUAACGGUUUUCCCGGUUAGCCGAAUACGGAGUAGUAGCAUGUUGGGAUCUGAUUCACAUGAACGGGAUCUUGGCUAUUUGUCUUGUAGGGGUGGAAAACCACCGUAAACCAUUCGUGGCACUAUGAGCAUAUGCGCCCU